AUGGACAUAGUUAAGACUUUUAUUAACUCUCCGAUAGGACCAAAGACAACUCACUUCUGGGGACCAGUUUGAAACUGGGGAAUUGUGCUUGCUGGUAUCCUGGAUUCUAAUAAACCACCAGAGAAGAUCUCUCCUAAUAUGACUACUGUGCUUUUGUGCUAUUCCUUAAUGUUUAUGAGAUUUGCAUGGAAGGUGCAGCCAAGAAACUAUCUCUUAUUUUCAUGCCAUAUCUGUAAUACAAUCGCACAGAGUGCUCUUCUUAUGAAGGUGAUAAAGUACAGAAGAGGAUUGACUGUGUAAGAUGUCACUUGAGAUUGAACUUUGGCCUUUAUGCCAAACAAA